AUGGCACUACAGGCAUUGAAAUCGCGUCGACGAAGCGACUACAGCUUCCAGCUCGAGUAUAGGACGAGAUGGAGCGACAACGACAUGUACCAUCACAUGAACAACAGCGUCUACUACUAUCUGUUCGACUCGGUUGUCAACACGUACCUCAUCCAACACUGCUCACUGCACCCACCUACCUCGCCACAGAUCGGCCUAGUCGUACACUCGCAUUGUGAUUACCUCGCCCCAGUCGGCUUUCCCGCCGUUGCAGACCUCGCACUACGAGUCAACAAGCUUGGCAAGAGUUCUGUAACAUACGAAAUCGCCGUCUUUGAAAAGGGCCAGGACGAGGUCAAGGCCGUUGGCGAGUUCAUCCACGUCUUCAUCGACCGUGAAAGCCGCCGGCCUGGAAAAGAUGGCAUGAGUCAACAGCUGAAGUCUGGCCUGGAAAAACUGUUGACGGACAAGUCGAAGCUACCGACUUGUUCUGGCUAUUCUUCCACGGCUUCAUGCCACUUUUUAACGCGCCAUCUUAAAAACUCAUAUUCCUAUAUUCCCACUAUCCUAUAUCCGUCCAAAUACCGCAAUAUGUCCACUUCCACGAUUCAUGGCCCAGGCAUACUGUUUGUCCGCUCCCGCAUCUCUCCCUCGGCCAAUGACCUGCUCACCGAACCUGUGUUCCUAGCCUGGUACGACGACGAGCAUAUCCCAGAAGUAGUUUCUACAUCUAGCAUCCAUUCUGCAAUGCGCUACGUCGAUGUUCACAAAUCUUCACCCAUUGGCGAUUCCCAGAAUCCGAAGCCUUUCUUAGCCUGCUACCCCAUGGAGGAUCUGGCUUUCACGUUGGGUGACGAGUUCAAAAAGAUUGGCUUCAGGAGUAGUAAGCUUCCGGGCAGUGGCGUCAUUUAUGAUCUGGCAGAUAUGGAUGUCAGUUACCUGGGUUUUAUGGAUGCAACGAAGAGAACAAGAGAGUUUACAGGUGGCGAACAAAGAUUUAUCAUCACAUUAGGAAUUAGACCAGGAAAGAAGAUAGCAGAAGGAGAAGUCACCGAAUUCUUUCAAAAGCAAACGCAUACCAUCGAACAGACACCACAGUACAUACGCUCGGUGCGCUUCAAACUUCUCUACGCGAGGACUAAUGCUCAGUCUCGUGCUCUAAAGGGGUUACCGACCACGGAUGAGCCACAUCCUGAGCCUUCCACUUGGCUCGCUAUGCACGAGUUCGCAGAGUUGCCUGGUGAAGAGUUAAUCAAGACGUUGAACGGUAGUGCGAAGAAGGCUGCUGAAGAGGAGAAAUGGGGCGCAAUGGAAAUCGAGAUACUUAUUUGGAGACUGGAUCGUGCGCAUGGAGACGAAAGAUUCUUCGAUGAGUGA